AUGAAUAAUAGAGCAACUUCUCCAACUUCGUCAACCUCAUCUUCUCUCAAGAGGUCAACUCAUAAUCCUUCAGGAAAUAGUAUGGUUUCUCCCUGCUCACCAACUUCUAGUUUGCUUUCAACAUCACCAAUGUCUCCGUGGAGUGCUUUAGGAAUUGUGCCAGAUCAUUCUUCUAACAAUAGUAAUAACUUAUUGUCUGUUGGAAAUAGUAAUAUACCAUCCUCACGAUCAAUGCCAAACUCUCCUGGAUCCUUCUUUCCUAAUGGAAGUGGUCCAAAUAGUCCUAUUAAUUUAGGAGCCAGACUUAUUGGAACAAAACAAGCCUCAAUCGAUGAGACUGCUCUUAAAUCUCUCGUUUUGGAAAAUAUGAAACAUUUUACAAUAGUUUUUGAUGCAUUUAUGAAUGUUGGAGGAGACUUUUUGGAAGCAUUUAGGGAAUUUCUUCAGUAUGAGAGGAAUAGCGCACCACUGGAAUUUCUUCAACUCAUUCCAACCUAUAGAGAAAUUUCCAAUUCAAAUGAAAGAUAUCAACAAGCCAAAUAUAUUGUAGAAACCUUUGUCGAUGACUCACUCACUAGUGAUAAACAACUCAAUUUACCUAACGCUCUCAAAGACCAAAUUGUGAAUCAAUUUGAGGAUGAAUGCACUCCUUCCAAUACCCCAACUAACUUGUUUGAUCAGGCUAUGACUGAGGUGACCAUUUCACUCAAGACUGAUAGCUUUUCAAGAUUUAUUACCAGUAAUCAAUUUAUUUCCUAUUCAGUGAAUCAUGUCAAGAAGGAGUUGCCAAAUAUUGUCGGCUCCACCAAUGUAGAAUCGGUGAAAAAGUGCCUCGUCUCACUAUUUUCCUCCGUCGGUACUAGAAAUAAUAGACGUUCUAGAAUUCAAUCACUAAGCAUGACCUCUUCCUUCUCACUCUCUGCUCCUCAAUUCACUCAUAGCCAUUCGUGUCCUACCAACCAUGCUGAGGUCAUUUCUGAUAUCAUCUCUCACUCUACCGAUAAUGAACCAGUUCUAAUCAAGGACAGAUUCGAAGAAUUACUCAGAGAGAGGGAUAAUAAGAAUAUUGAUGAGAGAUUUUUCGAUGUAUUCCAUGAAUUGUUAUGGUUAAAAAGUGAUGCUUGGAAAGUGCUCUCUCAAAAUGAAGAGUAUUCAUCAUUUGAAAGUGAGCAGAGAUUUAGUACAGGCUCUCAAAUAGAGCAACCAGAUGAAUCAUUUGAGAAUUUGAGAAUGGCAGAGAGUCAUCCUAACUUUUUCAACUCUGAAUUGGGAUCCAAGAAGGUAUCAAAUUUGAGCUCAUCUCAGUACAAGUUCAAUGCUACUCAAAUCAACGCUCAAAAAGUUCAAACGUCAUCAUCUAAAAAGAAAAAGAACAAACCAAAUGGUAAGAAGCUCAUUAAGGAGGUUGGUAUUGUGAAUGGAACAACUGAUGAAUUGUUGGAUGCACUUUUAGACACCAGAUACUCACAAAUCAUUGAUCCAAAUUUGAAAGAUUGUAAAUUUAUUGAAUAUAUCAAGAAUGACGAAUACUCAGUGAGCUAUCAGAAAGAGGUACACAAACUAAUGUGGCCUCUCUCAAAGAGAGAAUACUGUAUAGGAACAACUGUGAGAAGAGAAAUUAAUGAGGAUGGCACAGAGAGUAGAGAUUAUGUCAUUAUCAAGAAGAGCAUUGACAAUAAGGAUGCUCCACUUGAGAAGGGCAAUGUAAAGGGGCAAAUUUUAGGAGGAAUUUUGUUAGAAGAAAUUGAUGCCAACUUUGUUAAAUACACCUCCAUAUUUUACAAUGAUUUUGGAGGAAAGGUGCCACGAGCUUUACGUAACAAGGUUCUGUCCUCUCGUGGUCAGGCAUUCUACAAUGGUCUAACAAAGACAAUUACAUCAAGAAGAAGACUCACCAAUAUACAAUUAACUUCCGAACAAACCAAUCGUCAAAUUGAUACAUUGAACGAUUUCACAGAGAGAGCAAGAAGAGUUUCUUCAAUAGGAGAAGCUUUUGAAUAA